AGUGUGCAUGAAAUCCUUGCCGACAAGUGUGGCCACGCCGACCCAUGAUCGUCGCUUGUAAGCUCUUAAGAGAUCCCACCCACCACCACCACUAGCCUUCUUCACCCUCCUCCCACCUCGCCUUCCCCCAUCCUCAUUCGCCCGCCCCUCCCUGUCUCUCCUCCUCAAUCCAAGGCGCCUCUCGAGAAAUUAUAUCCGCCAGAGACAUUUUCUUACAACCUCUCUUUUGUUAUUUUCUUUGAAUCUUUGAUAAAUCGUCCCAUCCUAAUAUCGCAAACGUCUCGCACAUACCACACAUACAACAUGCCGAUCUCGUUACUACCCGCCUCGGCUGCGGCCUUUGCGCCCCGAUCAAAUGUCAACGUCGUACUAGCCUCCAAGGUCGAGCCAUGGUUAACACAAACCCUCAAGAGGGUCAACCGCGUCAAGCGUCCGUUGAACAGCGUCCAGCAACACACAAGGUGUCUCACAGAAACUCUUUCAGGACCCAACGCAAUGUGGUCGCUGUGCUCAAUCAUGGUUCCAAAGGCCCCGGACUCGGAACUGCGCAAGGACUCCAACCCGCUGGUAGAAGCGCUCUUCAACUAUCAGCUAAUCCACAUCGAGGCCUACGUCGUACACGUCGACAUGGUUUCACAACAUGAGGUCGCAUUCAAGCUUACACCGGAGACUAUCGAAGCGCUUAUCGAGUACCACAAGGACAUCUACUCCGUCGAUGUAUCCGCCAGCACCUGGGAGUGGGCCGAGAAGGAGCAGCAACUGAAGAAACUUCAAGAUGGAUUUGUCCAGGCAGUCAACCGCUACGUCUUCCGAACUGGUGUCAAGGCUCUGGAAGGGCUCGAAGAGGACGGUGCGGGAGAGCUACUCGAGGGACGAGGUGAGGACGUCAAGAGCGCCAUCAUGGGCUUGUUCCUCCCGCUCCUUCCUCCUCCUCCCAGGAUCGUCGACGUUGUCCGACCGGCACCGCUUCUCCCAAGCUCGCCCGGCUCUGCCAACUGGUGGGUGCCAACACAGCAGUACCAGUCGCACUCAGCCCCGGUCGAUACAUGGAGAGUGGUCCCAUCGACGCCCAGCCCGACCAUCGCUACCUGCGGUGAAACUGGACCAACAUUCUGGAGCACCAUGGGCAACAUGGGCUUCGAAGCGAUCCAACUUCCGUCGCCGACACCCUCCUACAGCCAGCCGUACAACUCGACGAGCCCGUAUGCGCCAUGCACCAGCCCGUACGCGCCAAGCACCAGCCCAUACACGUCAAGUUCGUACUACAGCCCGCCCCCAGCGUCGGCACCGAUACCAGCCCUUCCUCUGCCGAGCGUGCUAGCCCAGCAGUGCGGGUCAAGCGCCGUACACGGAGGCUUCGGCGGUUUCGGAUGGGACACAGGAUUCGCACCACAGUACGCAGCAUUCACAUAAGCUGGAUGACAAACUCGACUGUGGUCUAUGCACCUGUUCUCUGCCGAUGCUGGGAAGCGUGGACCUGGCCAGUCCCCCUUGCUCUUCCCUUUACCGCGCAGGUUGCCCAGCGCACCAACCUUGCGACGCCCGACACGAGACGAAUGCGAUAUUCACGACAUGGUGUGCAAACAUCACUACUCAACCGGCAUGGGACGGCGUUUUAUCAUUGAUUCCUUUUAGCGAGCGUCAUUUCUCCUCUCCUUCUCCGUACAUUUUCUUUUUGAUACCUGC